AUGGAAGAACCCGAAAAAGCGUUGGAAUACUAUGGCAAAGCUUUAAAGAUCCAAGAGAAGUGUUUAUCAUCCAGCCAUCAAAAUAUAGCAACAACCAUAUACAAUAUGGGCUCAAUCAAGACAACUGAAGGCGAAUACCAAAAGGCGUUGGAUCUCCACAACCGAGCACUGAAAAUUCAAGAAGAGUCCCUUCUUGCGAAUCAUCCGGAUAUUACUCGCAGCUAUCAUGCUAUUGCUUUAGUGCAAGAAAAGAUGGGCGAGCACUCGAAAGCACUGUCGUGUGCGAAACAAGCUGUUCAAAUCAGUGAAAAUUCAUUGGGCGGCGAACAUCCAUACGUUCAGUUGUAUCGAAAUACUCUGAAUCGGUUGUGGAAAAACGUGUAG